CAAAGGACAUUUGGUUUUAACUUUAUCUUUCAGGUGAGCAACACUGAAACAAACGAGGACAGCAUUCAGGUUUCCGAGAAGUCCAAACAAAGCGACGACAUGUCUAACUUUGCUGACAUCCCUUCUGAAACGGCUGCUGGGGUAGAGGAGGUCUUGGAGCCUUUCCGUCUUUCCGAUGAGAAUCUGAAGGAGAUUUCUAAUCUACUUCUGGGAGAUAUGAUCAAAGGUCUGAGCAAAAAUUCGGAGGGCAGUGCAUCUGUCAAGAUGUUUCAGUCCCAUGUAACGGAAAGACCGAACGGAACAGAGGAAGGAGACUUCUUGGCUCUGGAUCUGGGUGGAACAAAAUUGCGGGUGUUUCAUGUCAAAGUGACAGAGGGGAAGAGAAAGCUGAAAGACAAAGAAGAGAAAAUACCUGAAGAAAAAAAGAAGGGAUCCGGAGAAGAGCUGUUUGACUACAUCGUGGAAUGUCUUAGUGAAUUCCUUGUCUCUCAAAACCUGACAGGACAGACUCUUCCACUGGGUUUCAGCUUCUCAUUCCCCUGCAAUCAGGAAACCCUUGAAAAGAGCAUCCUGAAGAAGUGGACUAAAGGCUUCCAGUGCUCUGGGGUGGAAGGGAAGGAUGUAGCAGAGCUACUGAAACAGGCCAUCAAAAGGAAAGGGGGCCUCAACAUUGACCCAAUAUUCAUGGUGAAUGAUGCAGUGGCUACAAUGAUGGGUUUUGAGGACCAGAACUGCGAGAUUGGGAUGAUUAUCGGAACCGGAACCAAUGCCUGCUACAUGGAGGAGAUGAAGAACAUAGAAGAUGGAAAGGAAGGGCAGACGUGUAUCAACACAGAGUGGUGCGCCUUCGGAGACGACGGCUCCCUUGAUAAAUUCCGGACGAAUUUCGACAAGGAUUUGGACAUUAACUCAGAGAAUAAGGGAGAACACAUUGUUGAGAAGAUGAUCAGUGGGAAGUAUUUGGGAGAAAUCGUUCGGCUGGUGCUGAAGGAGCUGAAAGAGAAGAAGCUGCUGUUUAAAGGGAAAGAGUCUGAGGCCCUGCGUGCCCUGGAUACUAAAGACAUGUUUGAGACAAAGUUCAUCUCUAUGAUUGAGGAGCCGGACAGUGGUCUAGAAAAUGCCAAAAAGAUUCUGACUAAAUUGGGUCUGAUGUAUGAUUUGGUUGACGCCAGUGUGGUGCGACUUGUCUGUAAGACCAUUUCGUCACGUUCUGCUCAUCUCUGUGCCGUUGCCUUAGCAACUAUGGCCAAUCGUAUUCGUGCCAACCGAGGGCUGCCUCAUCUGGAAAUCACAGUGGGAAUGGAUGGAAGUGUCUACAACCUACAUCCCACUUUUAGUGUAAAGCUCAAGGAAGCACUGCGCAGCCUCUCACCCGAAUGCAACAUCAACAUAAAAACCAAAGAGAAUGCCAGUGGGAUAGGUGCUGCCAUGGUUGCAGCUGUGGGUCAACGCCUUCGUUAGAGGACGGCAAGGAUGAAGAAGAAGAGAAUUCACAAAAUAAAUGAAAGACAACCGUUUAAGAGAUUUUCAUUGUCAAACACAAACCCAAUUUUUUUAACCAUGUAUUUUUAAUCAACUUUAAAGUGUAUUUUGUAAAAAGAAGUGAUCAGAUCUUUGUAAUACACCAAUAACAAAUGAAAAUAAUGGGGGGGGUUUAUGAAUAGAGAUGCGAGUAAUUGACCUAUGAUUAUUUGUCAAACAAUGGUUGAUUAGAUUAAACUUUUUAGAAGUCAGAUUUUACAAUUAAUACAAAAUAAUAUUUGAAGGUAACAAUAAGAUAAGACUUUGAUACAAUCAGUGAAGCUGUGCCUAUGUGUUUUGUUUAAAGUAAACCAAUUUCUGUACCUAAUUAGAUGAAGUUAUAAACACAGGAUAAUUGUGAUGUUAGAAAGCUGAUUAGAACAAUAUGUUGAAACUAGAAGCAAUAAAUACAAGGAUGAUUUUUGAUAAUUGU